AUGGCGGCGGCAACUUCCUGCAGGCAACCCAGACGCACACGCGCGCCCGGCUGUGCGCUUCUCCUGCCCCCCGGCUUAGGGGGUGGAGAAAGGGGCUGGGCCCCCGAGGUCGCGCCCCCCUUCCACUCCCCGCCCCCCAGCGCACAGCCCCAUCCUCCCGGGAGAAAGCGCGCAGGGGAUCGGCGCCCGCCGUGCGCCCCGGAGGUGGAGCGCGCUGGGUGAGUGCGCUUCCCUGGGCGCGGAGAGGUGCGGGUGGCCAGCGGACAGGAGCAGGAUCCUGGCCACGGGAGGGAAGAGGCGGCUGGGGAAUAAACCCCACCCGGGUUUGGGGGGAGGUGAGGGGUGUGGAGAAGAUCCUCAGCCGCUUAUGCCCGCGUAGUCCGGCAGAGCGCAGCCUGGCACGACCACCCCGCACCGUCCCCAAGAGGGGCAUCAGGGCUGGCGCAACCUGCUGUCGCGGAGACAAUGGCCAUCGGAGGUUGGUGCCAGUGGGGAAGGAAGGGAGCUCCUUCUCCUUCUCUGGCUGGUUCCCCCUCACCGCCUUUCCAUAUAUAUCCAGGUAUCCCUUCAUUCUCACCCAAUCCUGUCCACCUCCUGAUUUCUGAAAGUCUCUGCCAGUUAUCCAUGGCGAAUGUUUCCAUGAAAUUGGCACGCGGAUGUUGGGGUGGGUAAAACGUCGGUUGCGCCCCCCUCCACGCACACAAACUAGGCUUUCUUUAGCAAGACUCAGUUUGGCACACCCCUGGGAGCCUCGAUGGUGCUCCUCUGGAGGCUUCCCCCCGCCUCGGCAAAAAAACCCAAACUGGCUAGGCUCCCCUCCCUUCCCGUAGCUACAGCCCUGCCCCAACACCCUGUUCUUAGAGGGGUUAUUUCACUAUUCCCUUGCAGUUUUGUCUUGCCUUUCCCUCAAGAUGCACAGGGUGGCAGGAGGAGCCCGUUCCCCUGCAUGAACAAGCACAUGCAUGCACACACACAUUAUAAUCAAACAACAACCCUGUGAGGUAGAUUAGGCUGAAAGGUUGUGGCUGGCCCCAGGCCACGCAGUGAGCUUUCUAGCCAAGCAGGAAUUGGAUCCCAAAUCUCCUCUUAUCUUUUUUCUCUUUCUCCUUCCCCACUUUUCUGUCAGUUCCCCUCUUUCUCUUCCCAUUCUGCUUUUUCUGUCUUUGAUCCUUCUGUCAUGGAUGCUUUCGCAGUGAUUCCUGCACUGCAGGAGGGUUAGUCUAGAUGACUCUCAGGGUCCCUCCCAACUCUUCAAUUCUAUGGUUCAAUGAAGUGAACAUUUCUAUUUCAUACUGUAUUUAUUACAUUUGGAUCGUGUUUGCAUACAAUUUAGAACAGUGGGGAUUUUGCCCUUAAUUGAAACAGGGACUUGUCAUUCAGAAGAAACACUUGUUAUAAAUGACUGCAAGUUUUAUUUUGUAUGCACGUUUUUAAUAAAAUGUGUUAUCAUCUUGAACUACAUGGGUGAGGGAGGGAAGUGUUGGAUUCACUGAGCAUCAACGGGCAGCAAGAAAGUAUGUGAAUAUACGGAGCUGUCUUCUGUCGAGGCAGACCAUUGGUUGAUCUAGCGAACUAUUGUCUCUGCUGAUUGGAGGUUGUACUCCAGGGUUUCAGGCAGAGAGAAGUCUUCCCCAUCACCAGCUAAGACACCUGUACUAGGUGAUUCUUUUCCAGCUGAAGAUGCCCAGAACUGAACCUGGGAUCUCUACAUACAGUACAACUCCCUCACUCCCCCCCCUUUCUUUGUCUUUUAAUAAAUAGCAUUAUUUGUGUUGUAUAGACCAGGAAUCUGGAUCUGUAUACCUCAGUUCUGAAUGUGCAACUUUUCUUUUUGACCGUUCAGAGAAAGCAGAAUAAAGAGUGUGGGGGUUAGAGAGGAGCUUAAUCUCACAGUUGUGGGUUCGAGCCCCAUGUUGGGCAAAAUGGUUCCUGCAUUGCACGGGGUUGAGCUACAUGACCGUUGUGGGCUCUUCCAGCUCUUAAAAUUCUAUGAUUCUACGAGAAUGAGAUGGCAGGAUGAAUUCAAUGGACCAGUUCCUGGUGCAAGCGGGGGAACUGCAUUUUGUGACGUGCAUUUUUCCUCGCAACAACCCUGUGAUGUAGGUUAGAGAGAGGGGGAUGAGGAGUGCCCCAAAAGUUACCUAAUGUGCUUUAUGGCUGAGUGAAGAUUUCAACCUGGAUUUCCCCGGGAAUGAGUACUUUGUAACAUUCUGUUUCAUAUCAAAAUAUACAGUGGUACCUUGUGUUAUGUACUUAAUCCGUUCCGGACAUCCGUUCGUAACUGGAAACUGCUCGUAACAUGAGGUGCGCUUUAGCUAACGGCGCCUCCCGCUGCGCCGCUCGCGCAUGGCUUCCACUUGCAUCCCAGGACAAAGUUUGCAACAAGGGGCAUCUACUUCCGGUUUAGUUGAGCACGUAACCCGAAGCAUUCGUAAGGGGGACGGUACGUAACACGAGGUACCACUGUAUGUUAAAAUGAAGAGUGGAAUAACUUUCUUCUUCUUCCUCCUCCUCUUCUUCUUCUUUUUACAGACUCCAAGACCAUAGGAAUCAUAGAAUUGUAGAGUUGGAAGGGACCCUACUUUUUGCCCAAAGUAGAAAGAAGAAAGCAAACCAGGGAAAGCAAACUGUGCUUGCCUUCUAUAUGCCCCUUGCAUCCCCACAAAUUGGCUUGGUGUUUUUUGGUGAGGGGAGAAUGCUCUCCCCCGAACACCAGGCGUGGGGAGGAGAGGGGAAAUGGUUCUGUCUGACAAGCUGAAAUGCUUGCCAUAGUGCUUCACUGAAUUCCUUUCUAAAAAUCACUUUUGCUUACUAAAAAGAAGAAGAGACCUAGCCUCUUAGGUUGGGAUAACUAUCUGCCCCGAGGAUUUCCAGACCUACAGUGGCCCACAGGCAUCGUCCAGUUGGUCCGCCGUGUCUGUGGAGAACCCUCGGGAGCAGCGGCUAUAAAAUGGGGGGGGGGGGCCGGCCCAUGAAAUAUUCAUACUGCUUUUUAAUUGUAUUUUUAUUGCUUCUUUCAUUUCUCUAUAUUGCAUCUUAUUAUAUAUUCUUGCUGUUCGCCUUGCAAUCUGCGCAAUCCAAAUUGAAAUACAGUCAGAUGCAAUAUAUGAGAAAUGAAAGAGGCAAUAAAAACACAAUUAAAACUUCCGCAGCCUCCAGUGCAAUGCAUUACAAUUGCUGUGAUGGGCAGGAAAAUCAUUAAGACCCUCCGCAAUUUUCAAGUGGCCCGUGGGGAAAAUGUUUUUUUGGGGGACCACUGAUCUAUCCAUUCUCUGCCUCCUGUUUCAAUUUGAGAUACUUGGAAGAGACCCGACGGGACUGCAGUGUUCAGAUUUCACCGUCUGCUGCUGUUGUUUUCUCCCACCCUGUCGUGGGCAGGAUUCCCCAUUGUUAA